AUGAUUGGUAUGAACCUUAUGGACGGUACGAACGGUGCAAGCUAUCGCUCCAGUCCAUCCUCCUAUGGCGACCCCAAAUAUGUCUCCUCAAUUUCAGUGUUGGGCGUGGUGCCGCCUCCUUCCCGGGUUCUCGUUGACGGGUAUAGAAGCGGGUUUGACUCCAUUGAGGAUGAGAGCCCGCGAUAUAAUCCGCUCAAUGUUGCUCAUCCAAGAAGUUCGGUCCUUUUGAACGCAAAUGAUCCGGUUGUCAUGCACCUUCUCACAGAGACCGCCAUGGGGGAUAGCAUACAUUUUGAGGUACUAUCGUUUGAAGAGGCGGAGAAUCUUAAGAAGGAGCUCUCGCUGCUCACGAACCGCAUAAAUUCCUCGAAGCGGAAAUUAGCCUUGGAAAUGAAGCUGCAGGAAGCAGCUCUAUCUCUAAGUAGAUUACCAGACAGCAAAUCGCGGCGCGACAGUGGAGACUCGAUUGGCGAGAUGUCACCAAGAUUGCCACGCAAACGGAUGAAUUUUUUCGGCCGGAAUAGUUGGGGAGACCACCAUCGUUCGGACAGCGAGCUUGGAAUAAGCACACGGAAAUGUGAAGAGUUGGCGCAAGAGCUUUGGAAACUCGAACGCAGGGCCGCUGAGCUGAGGAGGAGACUUUUAGAGCACACUGCCGGCGUGCUACAGAUGACCCAUAAAGGCCUUAAGAAAAAGCCGGCUUCCAGAAACAACUUUCCCCGAAAUCAGAGUAGCAUGCCCGGAAGUCCGGGUGCACGAGAGAAUGAUGUGCAUUCUGGCCCGGCCCACGACUUUGACGAUAGAAGCCUCUACCGGACCGCGGAUCAUCUUGAUGAAUACGGUAGGGCUUACGGCCCAGGGGGAAUGCCACAUUUGCUAAACGGAGAAACUAGAUCAUUUGAUUUGACAGCCAUACAUAACACUGAGAGAAAGCUAGAGGAGAUGAACAAUAGUUUGCGCCAGAUGCUCCUCGAGGCUAAUAUGGAUGGGGAUGUAGGGCCUGUUCCGACUUCCCUUUAUAAUGAACAAUCUCUCAAUCCCGUGGCUGGAGUGGAAGCGCAACUUGAUUACCUUGAAAGGAAUUUGAGUUCCAUGGCAAACCUCCGACUCCAAGAGCCCACAGAGAAAACAAAUGAUGUACCGCAAUUUGUCCACCACGCGGAGGAGAAAUUGGAGGAGAUGAACAUGCGGCUUGCUAAUAUACUCAAGACAUCUGGCUCUCGUUCUCCCCUUGCAUCCUUUCCGACUGGCCCGAGAAGAACUCUGCAAGAACAACUUGACUAUCUUGAGCCGAAUAUUGACAACAUCCAGCAGCGGGUGGAAAGCUUGGCUGAACAAAAAACUAUUCUCACAACUCAAAUACAACAGCAAAGGGAACUUAAUUCGAAAUCCGAUGCGGAGCGGGAUGCCCAUUUUGCAGAACUCAACGAACAGAUAUCUAUCCUGAAAAAGGAGCUAGAUAUGUCACGAAAGGAAGCUGAUGGCACCAGAGAUGAGCUUACUCUGGUAAUGGACCAGCUUGACGCUGCUCGCCAAGAAUCGAUGAUUCGAGAACAGCAACGUACUGAAGAGGAAGCGGUUGCCUUGUCCAGCAUGAAAGCAGCUAGAACGAAAGCCGAAGAGGAGUUGUCCGCCAAAGUUAACAUGAUCGCUCAGCUCGAAAAUAAACUACAGAAAUCGAGUGACGAGCAGGAAUCGAGGACAAGGGAAGCCCUUGCGGCAAAGGAGUCCUCUGACAAGGAACUUCAGAAACUGCAGUCAGAAUACAACGAACUCGAAAACGAAAUGAUUCGUGUCCGGACAGAGCUCACUAUGGCACAGGCGGAGCUUGACAGUGCUUACGGUAGCCGUGCCGAACGCGCAGCUCAGGUGGCAGCGAAUCCGGCGAUUCAGAAAGAAAUCGACGAUCUCAACCAGCGCAAUAGGAGCCUUACGGAAGAAAUUUCUAUUCUUCGAGCAGAGCAACUCAACAACAGCAAUGACGGCGAUGGCAAAUCUGGACUCCAGGCAAGAGUUCAGAUGCUGGAAAAGGAACUUAGAGAUACGAUUGACGAUUAUGAAGUUAUGACAAAAGCAAGCAUUGAGUUUGAGAAAGAGCGCGAAAAGCUCGAAACCUUUAUUGACAACCUCCGCGACCGCUGUGAAAACCUCGAGUCAAAGCUCUGUGAGGAAAGAGUGCAAAACAUGGGAAGUAGUAGUCCCAGCCACGCGAGCGGAUUUGACAGGGGCGCUUCCGAGACAACCUCCAUCAUGGUGCUCAAAAAUGAAUUUAAGAAGAUGAUGCGCGAUACCCGGGCUGAAAAUAUGCGACUUCUUAAGGCUGAACAAGAAGAAAGACGGCGACUGGAAGUCCUGAUUCGAAACCUCCGGAAAGAACAAAGCAUUGGAAAGUCAAACUUGAGCCAGAGUACCAUUUCAUCCUGA